AGUAAACAUAAGCUCAAUUAUUGUGACUUCAAAGAGAAAAGACUUCAAGCCUUCCACCGGGUUAAGACGGGGUUAUUUACAAGCUACACGCAGCGGUGACAUGGAGGCAAACACUUCAACAACAAACCAGUCAACUAGACAGACAGCAAGUCCUAGAGCGCCUUCCAACAACGCUAAAAAGGACGACGAGGACCAGAACCAAGAGCAAAAAGAAAUUUACCCUUGGAUGACAGAGUACAGAGCGAAAGCUGCUCCUCCAGUAAAGGAAUCAACAAACUUAGCGGACAAACUAAACAGAACUAUCUACUCCACAAAACAACUGGUUGAACUUGAAAAGGAAUUCCACUACAAUCGGUAUCUUUGUCGCCCAAGAAGAAUAGAAAUAGCCCAGUCCUUAGACCUUACAGAGAAACAAGUUAAAAUAUGGUUUCAAAACCGACGAAUGAGAUGGAAACGAGAUAACAAACUUGUAGAGAAAGCCCUUGAACAUGAGAUCAAAGACAGAGUAAAGAACCUUGGGGCACAGAAUCCACAUGGAUAUGGAAGUCUACCAGGGAGUUCUAGUACGGCCUUUGAUGAUUCACCCAACGACUGGGCYUCAACGCUACAACAAAUGUACACAYUAAGUAAUUCUCUGCAGCAAAACUCUUGCAAUAUGUUGAGUGGCCUUAGUACUUUUACUAAUGGCGCUAAAACGUCUAGUGUGCCAAAAUCAAUAUGGCCGCCAACCCGACCACUUCARCCAUACUAGUCAUUCGUAAGUUGUAGCAAACUAUGAACAAUCUAAUAUUAGAAGAAAAAAGUAGUUUAUUUUUCACAAAACAUCCAAGCAAUUGYCUGGACAAUUUAACAGUUUUAAAUAUGUUCCAGUUCAAGUUAUAYAUUCCAUCUAUGCAGAGAGUUUACUAUAAAAAAUAUAUAUAUAUUUAUUUGUGGACUAGUUAGUCCAUGCAACACAUCAACAAAUGAAAACGUAUCUUUUUAACUAAAUCAGUAACAAUACAAAAACAACAAAUUCAUUGAUUCGUAAGAUAAUCCGUGAGACUUUUUGACAUUGUUAUCGCGACUGACAUUCUUCAAGACUUCCAUGGUUGAUUGCAACCUUUAGCCAAAGUUUCAAUUUUUCAGGAAUAGUGAUGUACAUAUAAAGUUCAAGCUUUCUUUUCUAGUUUUAUAUAAAAUGCUAUAUCGAAGAGUUUA